AUGGCUCAAGGGAGCAAAAUCAGCAAUGGAGCACAAAACACCUACACAAAACCUAUUCUUACAAAACCUCAAAUACCCAAAUCUUUAUCUUCGGUUUCCUUUGGAUCACAGCUCAUUAAAAGGUCUUCUUUGGGUUUAAAGCAAUGUCAAAAAAUGGGUAAUUGCAAAGUAAAGGUUGGACCUUUAAAGGUUUUAGCUUCAGUUGCUACAGCAGAGAAGCCAUCAAUUGUACCUGAGAUUGUUUUGCAACCCAUCAAAGAUAUUUCUGGUACCGUUACUUUGCCGGGUUCUAAGUCUCUGUCUAAUCGGAUUCUCCUUCUUGCUGCUCUCUCUGAGGGUACGACUGUUGUUGACAAUUUGUUAAACAGUGAAGAUGUUCAUUACAUGCUCGGUGCACUACGAACGCUUGGUCUACGUGUGGAAGAGGAUAGGGAACUCAAACAAGCGAUUGUAGAAGGUUGUGGUGGUCAGUUUCCAGUGGGAAAAGAAGCAAAAGUUGAUGUUGAACUUUUCCUUGGAAAUGCUGGAACAGCAAUGCGUCCAUUGACAGCUGCAGUUACUGCUGCAGGUGGAAAUUCGAGCUACAUACUUGAUGGGGUGCCACGAAUGAGGGAGAGACCAAUUGGUGAUUUGGUUAUUGGUCUUCAGCAGCUUGGUGCAGAUGUUUCUUGUUCUCCUACAAACUGCCCUCCUGUUCGUAUAAAUGCAAAUGGAGGCCUUCCAGGGGGAAAGGUUAAACUCUCUGGAUCAAUAAGUAGUCAAUACUUGACUGCUUUGCUCAUGGCAGCUCCUUUAGCUCUUGGAGAUGUGGAAAUUGAAAUCAUUGACAAAUUGAUUUCUGUUCCUUAUGUUGAGAUGACUUUGAAGUUGAUGGAGCGCUAUGGAGUCUUUGUAGAGCACAGUGAUAGCUGGGAUCGUUUUUUUGUUCAAGGAGGUCAAAAAUACAAGUCUCCUGGAAAUUCUUUUGUUGAGGGUGAUGCGUCAAGCGCCAGUUAUUUCCUAGCUGGUGCAGCAAUCACUGGUGGGACCAUCACUGUUGAAGGUUGUGGGACAGAUAGUUUGCAGGGAGACGUAAAGUUUGCAGAGGUUCUUGAGAAAAUGGGAGCUAAAGUUACCUGGACAAAGAACAGUGUUACUGUCACUGGACCUCCACGAGAUUCUUCUGGUCAGAAACACCUUCGUGCUGUUGAUGUAAACAUGAACAAAAUGCCAGAUGUUGCCAUGACUCUGGCAGUUGUUGCACUUUUUGCUGAUGGCCCUACUGCUAUAAGAGAUGUGGCAAGCUGGAGAGUGAAAGAAACAGAACGAAUGAUUGCUGUUUGCACAGAAUUGAGGAAGUUGGGAGCAACAGUUGAAGAAGGACCAGAUUACUGUGUGAUUACUCCACCUGAGAAACUAAACGUGACAGAGAUCGACACUUACGAUGAUCACAGGAUGGCAAUGGCAUUCUCUCUUGCUGCUUGUGGAGAAGUCCCAGUCACCAUCAAGGACCCUGGUUGCACUCGAAAAACUUUCCCAGACUACUUUGAAGUCCUUGAGAGCUUUUUGGCCUACCUUUUAACGCUCAACUCUGAUGACUUUCACGUGUGUCUAGUCACCAAAGAAACUGUGAAGAAGGCAUUGGUCUCCAUAUCUGUGAAAUCACACCUCGAUACCAACUCACAAGGCAUGGAACAUGUUGCCAAAGAUUUAAUGCGAAAAAAGAUGGAGUUAAUGAGAUCUGAAUCGAUGAAAUUACUAGCAUAA